AUGAAACCAGGAAUGGCAAGGACAAAGAGAACAGGUCCUGAGAUCCCAGCAGGCAAUCAAGUUGUGAGGCAGAAUCCUGGGGGCCAGAAGGCAGCUGGCAAGAAGCCUGCAACCUAUGUUUCCAGGCAGGUUGAAAUUGGGGCGAAUCAGUCUAGUUCCUCUAGUGAGGAUACCAGCAAGAAACGACGCCGUAAGAUCAAGGAAAAAGAAGGACAAGGUCGGAUCAAGAGGCCUCGUACUGAUGAUGUAUCCGGUAAAAAGUGCAGCCCUAACUCUAUAAUUGAAGUGGUGAGUGAUGGAGUGUCAAACGAGAGGAGGGCUAUAUUGAAGAAGCUAGGUUUGGGUGUUGUAUUUGAGCUGCAAAUGAGAAGGUUUGACAAGCCGCUUUUGAACUGGUUGGUGAACAAAUUCAAUGCGGAUAAAAUGUCCAUCAUCAUGGACGAUGGCACUGCAUUGCCGUUUACAGUUGAUGAUGUUCAUCGAGUUUAUGGACUGCCUAGGGGUAAAAGGACGGUGACGACUUUUGAUUGGGACAGGUGCAAGGAGUUGCGUGAUGAACUCCAUGGAAUGGAAGGAGAAGACCCAGAUUGGCACAAGCUGUGGACUUUGAAAAAGAUAUUACCAACAAUUAAGGACGACAAACUGUGGGUACGUUUGUUUGUCAUGUUCUGUUUUGGUUACCUGUUCAAACCAAGUACAAAGAAUGUUGCUGAAUCUUCGGUGUUGGCGUAUCUAAAAGAUGAUGAGUUUAAUGAGUUUGCUGAAUACAACUAG